AUGUUGCUCUCGGGAGUCAUUGCCCUUACUGGCAUUGCUAUUCUACCAGUGUUUGCAUUGGACAACGAUCUGGGUACAACUCUCUCAACAAAAUACAUCGAACACUCUCCCGACUCUGAAACAACGUUCUCAACCAGCUGGCGUACCAAUAAUGCUCCUUCUACAACCAUAAAUGGUGAUGACGACGAUAGCUGGACUGUCGUCUCUGAAACAGAGACGCCAGCAACAGACACUCCUGAGACGCCCACAGAUAACAGCACCAGCCCACAAGCCACCGAUCUUCGUCCGAACAAUGCUAUGGUUGCACAUAGAAUGGCAAUGGUUGCCGGUGCGACCUGGGGCAGAUUCCCUACUAAGCCUGAUGAUGAAACCGAGGCCUGUGCCGACAAUUCUACUGUCGAUGAUAGCACACACAAUACCAGAUACAACAGCUCAACUGUCAAUUGCACUGCCUUGAUGUUUGGCGACAGAUGGCAUCGUUGGGAGUGCGAUGAAGCCUGCAGAGCCAAUCUUACCGAUGCACUACCAGCAGCAAUCCUAGCUGUCGUCGGUCCAGAUCUAGCCGACUCGGACGCAGUCCAGCGGACCAUCCAAGCUUUCCAGCAGCUGCUCGGACAACGCACUGUUUGGGAGAUGCACACGUAUCGUAUCGACAUCAUAUUGGACCCAAUAGUCUUCGAACCUCCUCGCCUUCCUGACAUCCUUACACCAGAAUACUUCGAUACGACUGAAGAAUAUGAAAACUACAUACGCCGGCGCUUGGAGACGCGAGAACUUUUGAGACAAACCUUGGACGUGAUCGAGGAUCCAGAACCGCUACUCGAAGAGAUGUACUCAACAUUCCCUAACCUGCCCGAGCCAUUAGCGAGUCGCUUAUACGAGGAAAUUGCACUCCCGCAAUACAGACCUACAGAUGAUCCUCCGGUGUACGAAGACCCGCCUGCUUAUGAGUCCAGAGGUUACAGCCCCGAACAGAAUCUUUAUGAUUUGAUGAGCUGGCUUGCAGAGUCAGCUCCCAUCGCAGAGGAGUUUCAAAGGUUUGGAAGGUAUAACUCGUGGCCAACUUCUGUUCCUGUCACCAAUAUCCCGGAGCCGACAAUCCCUGCUACACCAUCAGUAGUACCCACCAUUGCACCAACUGAUGUUCCUAUUUCCCCACCGAACACACCCGAGACAAGCAGAAUCGACUUGGCUCAAGACGGCACUCUCACCAUUGCCGACAGUGGUGCCUGGGCUCUCGCCGCCGAGAUUUCAGUUACCCUCUUCAACCUUCUCACUGCCUGCACACCCCUAGACCUGGCAACCUGGACCUUUAUCCCUCGCAGUGCAUCUUUCCUGGCCCACGCCAAAGUUGCUGCCUGGAAUGGACUCGGUGUGGAACAGUGUUUCGCAAGAGAGAUUUCUGGACUUCCAGGUGCCCCUUCAGCUGAAAGCAUCGUCACGCAAGGGUUCAAGGAAUAUGACAUGAAGAUCGAGUUGGAGAUCAACCCCACGAAACCGGGGACAGGACCACCCAACGAGGGGUCACCCAGCGAGGGACCGCCCAACGAAGAAGGACCAGGCAGAGGACCACCUGAGGAGGAAGGAGCACCCGGCGAAAAACCAGUUUUCUCUUAG